GAUCCUACCGCUCCACAGUAGACAUGUGCAAUUCGUAACCACCAGCAGCAGUGUAGCGUGUCCCCGUAAGCGUCGUGUGCUACGAGUGCCCGGUACUAUACCAGCAGCGUAGCAUCUCUGUGUGUUUCUCGUUCGAUCGUGCAGUUGUUCGUGUUGGUUUGUCUCCAACAAAUUGGUGUCCCGCUCGUUCGGUACAACACAAAAGCCUAAACCUAAAAGACAGUGUGAAGCGUUACAGAAAACGAAACAAAAAAACACCAAAAGCAACACCAAACAAAAUGACGAUCAACGAGCGUACGACGCUGCUGCCGAAGGAGUACCAGAAGACGUACAGCAUCGCCAUCCCGCAGGACGAUCUGAACAACAAUGUCAGCAACAUCACCGACGACAAUGGCGUACUAUGCGAGUACGACAGCUACGCACUGACGAAGGAUGAGCUGAAUAAGUACAUUGACGACCCCUGGUGGAUCAAGAUGCGGUACUGUUGCUUUGCUACCUGCUGGAUCGUAUGUCUGAUUGCGCUCGCCAUCUCGCUGUACAUUGCGGCGGAUGCGCUGCAGCACGACGUCUGCCUUACGCCGCUGACGAACAACGGAACGUCCCUCGGCCCGGCCGACCUCAGCAUCAGCACCAACGCCAUUCCGCUCGUGGCGGACGGUGCUGUAAGCACGCCGCCCUCUUCGAUCGUGUUUACCCUGCUGAACCAACCAACGUCGUAGAGGGCCCCCGGUGGUGGUAGCAGAACGGAUUGUUUCCGAUCCGUCGCAUCGCUGUGAUUUUCCACACUCGGACAAACGCCAACGCGGGAAGCCGAUGGCAUUAUUUAUUCUGAUUAUUAGACGCUAUCGUAGCAAAUAGUAGAGUUAUUGCACCGGGACCGAGAAUAUGUCGCUGCGUCACGUGUUGCUUCGGCAAGGGCAGGCGCAAAAGCCGGGAAUCUGAUAGCUUGGGCACGUGUGCCGAUCUCGUUUUGAUCGUAUCCGGUUCGGGUGCAGCCUUUCCAGCGCAUCUGGAAUCGAGUGAAGAUCGCUACUGUCGAAAGAUGAUGUAACGCGGUGGGACAUUUACUCAGCCCCGGCUAAUGUUUACGGUUAGCCCAGCGGUAAGGGCCGUUUGUUGAUCACGCAUCGUUGCAUCCCGUGCAACGGGAUGACAUUGAUGCCUAUUUGCAUUGCUGAGAUUAGUUGGCGAGGAAGCUUUGUAUAUGUGAGAUUGAUUGUAAGCAUCUUGACAAUAAAUAACCGACGUGUAUUUGAUUUUAAACAA